AGGUUUCUGAUCAAGUAUGAACCACCUUGUGUCUCCUUUGAAAUGAAGAAACUUUUAUGGAGUCUGACUCUGUUUGGUGUCUUCUUAAUCCUCCCUGUUAAUGGGGUGAUGGAGUAUGAUAAAAUGGAGAAGUUCACAGAUUUUAAUGGGACAAAUGUGUAUCAGACCGAAAAUGAUGUCAAUUCCAAAGCAAAGGUUACAAUGGUAGGACUCACUCUCAUUAAAAAUGCUGCUCUGAGAUCAGCAGUGUGUCUAGAUGGAAGUCCUGCUGGUUAUCAUUUUCAUCCCGGUUCUGGUUCAGGAGCAAAGAAUUGGCUCGUUCAUUUGGAGGGAGGCGGAUGGUGUAGUGACACUGAAAGUUGUGAAUACAGCAAAAGAACUAGUCACGGAUCGUCCAAGCAUAUGGAGAAAAAGAUACCUUUUACAGGAAUUCUAAGUGACAAAGCCUCCGAAAAUCCAGACUUUUAUAACUGGAACAGAGUAAAAGUUAGGUACUGUGACGGUGGAUCCUUUAUGGGAGACAAUGAAAAUAAGGAUGCAAAACUUCAGUUUAGAGGAAAGCCAAUAUGGACUUCUGUUAUGACAGAUUUGUUGGGGAAUGGAAUGGAACAUGCAAAGCAGGGUCUGCUCUCUGGAUGUUCUGCCGGAGGCCUUGCAGCAAUAUUCCAAUGUGAUGACUUUAAGAGUUCACUCCUUUCUUCCACCAGGGUAAAAUGUCUGAGUGAUGCUGGCUUUUUCGUUGAUGCCACCGAUGUCUCUGGAGAUCGAUCUCUGAGACAGUUAUACACCGAUGUAAUAGAAUUUCAGAGUAUUACAAACAAUCUCCCUAAUGACUGUUUAAAUCGUCUUAAUCCAACUUCGUGUUUUUUCCCACAAAACCUAAUAAACCAAGUCAAGGCUCCAUUGUUUAUUCUAAAUGCUGCAUACGAUUCUUGGCAGAUCCAAGAGAGUUUAACUUCUAAAUCUGCAGAUCCAACUGGAAGUUGGGCUGACUGUACAUUUAACAUCGCCAAGUGCAAUGAAUCCCAGAUCAAGUUCUUUCAAGAGUUCAGGACUCAUAUGGUGAAUUUGCUCGGUGGAUUCAAAGAGCAACGUAAGAAUGGAGUGUUUCUUAACUCGUGCUUUUCUCAUUGUCAAACAGAGAGCCAUGACACAUGGUAUUCCAAAAACUCUCCUUCGGUUAAGAACAAGAGGAUUGCAGUUGCUGUGGGAGAUUGGUUUUUCGAAAGAGGAGGAGCAAAAUUCAUAGACUGUCCUUAUCCUUGUGACAAGACUUGCCGCAAUUUAAUCUAAGAAAAUAAAUUUGUUUUGUGUUUCUAUUUUUUUGGCAUUCAAAUCUUUCUUUCAUUCUUCUUUACAAUAAAAAACCAAAAUAAAAUAGAAUUCCUAAAACGAUUUAUCUAACCAAAUUGGUA